AUGACUGAUAAUACUCAAUUGCCAAGCUCAGUCGUCUUUGCAAUGGCGAGCUAUUCGUUUCUCGGAGUCGCUGUCAGCCUUAUUUUUGUUGUCACUCAUGGCUUUGCUCACGACACAUUAUCUUUUCCCAAAAAUUUUCUAUUUGGCACGGCUUCGUCCUCUUAUCAAAUAGAAGGAGGUUGGAAUGAAAGCGGCAAGGGUGAGAAUAUUUGGGACCGAUGGACACACGAACAUCCAGAUUUAAUACUUGAUGGUAGCAAUGGCGAUGUGGCUUGUGAUUCCUACCAUAAGUAUAAAGAAGAUGUGCAAUUAUUAAAGAGCAUGGGGGUUGACUUUUACCGGUUUUCUCUCAGUUGGUCACGUAUUUUACCAACUGGUUACGCUAAUGUGGUCAAUCAAGAGGGACUUGAUUAUUACAAAAAUCUUACCAAGGAAUUACUAGAUAAUGGCAUCGAACCAUUUGUUACUUUGUAUCAUUGGGAUCACCCAGUUGUGUUUGAAAGCAUGGGCGGAUGGACUAACGAUAUGAUGGUAGAUUGGAUAUCGGAUUAUGCCAGAGUCGUUUUCAAAGAACUCGGUCCUAGUGUUAAAUAUUUUAUGACUAUCAAUGAACCCGCCGUCAUUUGCAAUGAUGCAUACUCAUCAGGAACAAAAGCACCAGGAAAGAAAUUAGGCUAUCCUGGUAAAUAUCUGUGUAUGCAUAAUAUUAUAAAGGCGAAUGCCAAGAUUUAUCACAUCUACGACACAGAAUUUCGAGAACAGCAGAAAGGCCAAAUCGGCAUAGUUAUAUCUUGCACAAACGGAUUGCCCAAAAAUCCUUUUGAUACUGAAGCAGUAGACAUAUACUACCAGUUUGCUUGCGGAUGGGUAGCCCAUCCCAUUUUUUCAAAGACUGGUGAUUACCCAGCGGUCAUGAAAAGCCGCAUAGCUGAAAAUAGUAAAUUGGAUGGUUUUCCGAGAUCUAUUCUGCCAGAAUUUUCGCCAGAAUGGGUGGAAUAUAUUAAAGGUACAUCGGACUUCUUCGGCUUAAAUCAUUACACUUCGAACCUUGUGGAAACAGUGCCACGAGAACCAGGACAAGGGUGGUACGAUUAUUCUGGUGUGAAAACAAGCAUAGAUCCAUCAUGGCCAAAGAGCGCAUCGGAUUGGCUCAGAGUUGUUCCUAUUGGAUUUCGAGAUAUUAUUAAGAAGAUUUCAAUUGAGUAUGAUUACCCAACUAUCUUCAUUACAGAGAAUGGUUUCUCUGAUAGAUGUUGUAUAUUUGAUAAUUUAAGAAUAUCCUACUUACAUUCUUAUAUGAAGGAAAUGUUAACUGCCAUUCAAGAAGAUGGAUGUAAAGUAGAAGGGUAUGCUGUGUGGAGUCUGUUAGACAAUUUUGAAUGGUCCAGGGGUUAUACAGAACGGUUCGGCGUGGUAAGCGUUAACUUCACGGAUCCGAAUCGAACAAGAACUCCAAAAUGGUCCAUGAACUGGUAUAAAAAUGUUAUUGCGACUGGAAAACUUUCUCUUGACGCUCAUCAAAUCACAGCAAAUAUUGUUUGAAUCAUACGGGAAACCGCUGAGGACAUUGUGGUGCACCUACAGAGUUCGGGUAUUAUUAGGCAUUUUGUGGGCAUUAGUAGGCGUUAGUUAGCCGUGCUGAGAUAUUAUAAAGAAUUUUAAAAGAUAAAACAAUAUAAAACAAGAUAAAAUAAGAUAAAUUAUGAUGAUAAGAUAAGUAAUGUCAACUGGGCAGUAGUAGGCAUUGGUGUAUAUGAUUUUGGUCAGCGGUUUAUCCGUCGGUCUGAAAUAUGCUGAGACUAGUUGUUUAUAUGUUAGAAUAUACAUUUGCCUAAGUUUGAACAGUGAU